GGACGUGGGGGGGACGCUGCUCCCCCCCGGCCCCGGGGGACCGAGCCGAUUCCUGGAGCUCUGGCUGCUGGCUGAGUCGGGUGCUUUGGAGCAGAGCCGGCGCUGACGGGGAUGCCCCGGGGAGCCGCUGACCCAUGGCGACUUCCUGCCCCCUGGAGCUGAGCCGCCUUGGGCAGUGCCCCGGGGCCAGGCGGGGAGCGGCGCCGCGGGGAGCCGGGGGCUGCUCAGCACCGCGGACAGCUCCCACCGCCGGCCUGGACAACGCCUCCUACCAGGCGCCGGAGGAAGAGGAAACCUGCUUCGGGAGCAGCAGGGAGGCGGGGAGCGGACCCGGGGGAGGCGGCGCCCGGGCCAGGGCGCAGCGGGGAGACCUCUCGCCCAGGUCGGAGGAUGGGCCCCCGCCAGAGCCCGCCGGCCACUCCGUGGACUAUGGGUUCGUUUCGGCCUUGAUCCUCCUGGUGAGCGGGAUCGUGCUGGUGGUGAUCGCCUACACCGUCCCCCGGGAGCCCCGGGUGGACCCCGCCGCAGUGACGGCCCGGGAGAUGGAGAGGCUGGAGAUAUACUACGCGCGCCUGGGCUCCCACCUGGACAAGUGUAUCAUCGCGGGGCUGGGCCUGCUGACCCUGGGGGGCCUGCUGCUCUCCGGGCUGCUGCUGGUCUCCAUGUACAAGGGAGAGCUGUACCGCAGACGGACCUUCCCGGGCUCCCGGGGGCCACGGAAAACCUACGGAUCUAUAAACCUGAGACUGAGACAACUCGAUGGCGACGGGGUACAAGCCUUGGUAGAGAAUGAAGUCAUCCAGGUGACAGAGUCCACAACCAUCAGCCAGGGUUCUUAGAGCCCUCACUCCUGCUGUUCCUUGGGCCUUCACUCUUGGUGAACAAACCGAUCAAAGGGGGGUUUAACUGUUCGACAUGGAGGUUUUACAUUAACUCCACACCUCAGAGCAGAGCAGGACUAUUGGAAUUUCACCGACUGUAAGAAACUAUCUGGGAGCAAGAGCAGACAUUGAAAAUGCAGAUCGGACACUCACCUGACUAUUGAAUAUAACUAAGUACCUAGUCCAGCAGCCUUUGGGAAACCAAAUGUUUCUUUUUCUAUUUUAUUUUGGGGAGAGCUGCUUUCCUAAGCCCUGACAUUAGAAUGAAAGAAAACUUCAAGAUAUCUGGAAGUUUUCUGUGCCAUGUACAAUACUAUGUCCUCAUGACCUUUGACUGAUGUGCAGCCAAGGGUAGCCUGCAGUAAUAAGCAUGGCCAAAGUUACAGAUCAGUGGUCCCCUGCUAGGUUAUUUAUGGAACACAAAGCACAUUUAGAGUCUGUGUUUUGGGGUUUUAUGUUGGGUAUAAUUUUCAGCAGCAAACAACUUUUUAGCAAUAGUUAAUUGUAAAACUUGUGUGGCAUUGAAUCUGAGCUUUCACUAUUCCUAACU